UUGACAUAUUAUAAUGUUAGUUUUAACAUUUAGCUCUGAAGUCUGAAUUCGGAAAUAUUAUUGUCGCCGUUACAACUUCCUUGUUUCGUUUACGGUUUAAUUUUAGAGGUGUAAUGAGCUACUACUUUUCUAUAUUAGUAUAUUAAAGUAUAACGUAUCAGUGAUUUCACUAUAUAACAACCUAUAAUACUUUACAAUAUACAUAUUAUAUUAUGUUUGUCAAUUGUAUUUUUCACAAAUUUUUAUGGUUUUUUAAUUACCAUUAAUGUAAUAAUAGGAUUACAAAUAAUAUCAUGAAUCCUAUGACGAAUAUUAAAAACGUCCUCAAGCUAAGUGAACGCGAAUUAACAGGCAAUUCUAAGAGUUCUUGGCACGAUCAGUAUAAAAACAGCGCUUGGAUUUUUAUUGGUGGACUGCCUUAUGAUCUCACAGAAGGCGAUAUUAUUUGUGUUUUUUCCCAGUAUGGAGAAAUUGUUAAUAUUAAUUUAGUAAGAGAUAAAGCAACUGGAAAAUCAAGAGGUUUUGCAUUUAUCUGUUAUGAAGACCAAAGAUCAACUAUAUUAGCAGUUGAUAAUUUAAAUGGAAUUAAGAUAUUAGGAAGAACAAUAAGAGUUGACCACUGUGAGCAAUAUAAAGCACCUAAUGCUGAAAUGUCAAAGCUGGAUGAAAUUACAGCUUCCAUUAGAACAGAAGGAUGUGCCCCUAGUAUUCAACACCAACCAGUGACAGAUAUCAAAAAGGAAAAAAAGAAAAAGGCACACAAAGAAAAGAAAAGCAAAAAGAAGAAGAAGAAGAAAAAUCGAAGUUCAGAUUCUGAGUCAUCUAGCAAAUAAUUAUGCAUAUCUUUAUGAUGAAAUAAAAUAUUAACUACAACAUUGACCAAUAAAAAAUAUAUUCAUAUAUAUCAUGA